GCGUUGUCCAUAAACAGAUCCAUUCGUCAAUGUGACUAGUACGGGUAAGCAGUGCAAGUCUGAAGGAAAAAUCAAGAAAUAUUCGGAUAUAAGUGUUACAGAAUGGAUCCCCGGUGUCUGCUUUUAACAGCUACAGUUUUCUUGUGGUUAAUAACUGGAGGUAGUGCUGCAUCGGUAGACCCGAAAUCCAUACGAAUCGUCGGAGGCGAAGAAGCGAAAGAUGGGGCAGCCCCUUAUCAAAUUUCCCUUCAGUCAACCUCGGGGCACAAUUGUGGAGGUGCGAUUAUCGCUGAUCGGUGGGUUCUGACUGCUGCCCAUUGUGUUGUCGGGCGUAGCCCAGCGGACAUCAAAAUUCUAGUUGGUACUAACAAUCUCAAGGAAGGUGGCGAGCGCCUCGACGUUGAUUUCAUCGUAUAUCACAGUCGCUACAACAAACCAUCCUAUCACAACGAUAUAGCCCUAGUGCGGUUAGCAGCCAAAUUGAACUUUAGUGACCAUAUAAAGCCGAUUGAGUAUUCAGAAAAAUAUGUUCCAGACAAUGCCACGAUUACCUUGACUGGAUGGGGUCGGCUCUCGGCUGGUGGAACCGCUCCCAACAAGCUACAAACGAUCACUUUGCUUAACGUGGAUCACGAUCGUUGUAAGCAGUUGCAUGGUGGGGACGAAAGUGUGGACAUUGGACAUUUAUGCACCUUUACUAAAAAGGGAGAAGGAGCGUGCAAUGGCGAUUCAGGUGGACCACUGACCUGGGAAGGUAAACUAGUGGCGCUCGUGAACUGGGGUAUUCCUUGUGGACGGGGAUACCCGGACGCACAUGCCAGAGUGUCGUAUUACCAUGACUGGAUUCGAACAAAUGUGGCGAAUAACAACGUAACCAAUAACUGAUAAGGUGAAACUUGAUGAAGAAUAAAAGAGUGUAUGGUUUAAUAACCAUUUAGUCAGUGUUAUUAACCAUUUGUUAUUA